AUUCGAAAGGGUACACAAAAAUAAACAAAAAAACAAGCACACUUUCAUCAAAAAAGAGCUACUGCAUUUAAAAAUAGAAUCCGACUUGAGAGUAUCUUAAAUUGCCCAGGAAAGAAAUUGUUGUGUUUUCAAUUUAGAAAUUUAGAUUUGGUUUUUACUUUUGUGUUGAAUUCGAAUCGAUGCAAAGAGUUUGGUGUUUUAAAUGUUGAAUCAGUUUGAAUCAGGGGCAGGAAAUUGACAUGAAACGUGAGUGAGUCGCGCUGAAAAUAUUGAGCCAGGAGCAAGUGUGUGCUAAUGGACCGAUGUCAAUGUUUACCAUCUUUAAAAUGAAAGAUUGUUUCUGAGUGAAUUGUGCAAAAAGAAAAGUGAGUGACUUCACUGGGAGCGCGUAUUCUCCGUACUUCGAUUUUAUGUUAACAGGUUUAGUGAUUCAAAGUGGCUGUUUCUUCUGUAAAUGAGUUGUUUUUAUACAAUACAAAGCGAAAUAAGAUAAUAAUAAUUGUUACUGCACCAACAAGUAUUUCAUCAUAUAAUUUGAAGUGUACUUUGCCCCGAUUUUUCUAAGACACCUUUCUUGAGUGAGUGCUCGUUUUCAGCAAUAUUACGGCCAACGUUGAACAAAAGGACGUAGACAUUUCACGGAAGAAUACAUAUUCAAUAUCAUAGUCAGAAUAAAUAAAAGUAUAAACGUAGCCGCAAUAAAGUGAACUAAUGUUAACUUAAAUAUAAACAGUUUUAUAAUAAUAACGUCGAGCAGAGAGUCUAUAGUGAAUUUAGAAAAUUCAAUGAAAAUCAAUUAUCAAUAAUAGUUAAAUUAAUUAUAAUAAUUAAAAUUUAGCGUUACUAGAUAACUAUUUGCUGUUACUAACAAAAAAAUUAAAACGUAAUCUCAACAAACCUUCAAACAAACAACAAAUAAAAUAUAUAUAUAUAAAGUGUAAACCAGAUUAACCGUUCAUUGUUAAUUAUUGUUAUUUUUAUAUGAAAGGAAUUUGAAAAUUUCGAUUCGACUCGAGUAAAUUAAUAAAUUGAUAACAGGUAUAAAGAUAUAUAUAUAGAGUUGACUACCUACAGAAUAAAAGAAAUAUAUAUUUAUAAAGCAAAGCUAUCGUAAAAUUUGACAAAAAGUAAUUUUUCUAAAAGUCGGUCGGGAACGUUUAUCCACUAACAAAUCAUCGUACUCAACCAAACUUACCACUUUUGGCAUAAUACUGUGAUGAAAACUUCCAACAGAAGCAUUUUCCGCGAGUUGCUGAAAAUUCAUAAUAUACCUAAGCGCAACCAACAAAAGCAAACAGUGGACAUAAAAAAUCAAAAAUUCUAAAAUCGUGUGAGUGAUUGACAUUCAAGUGACCAUCACGUAAUGUUCAGUCUUGUGAGGUGAAAGUGAACCCGUCGUUUCGGGGUCACCCACAACAACAAAAAAAAAGAUAAUUCCACGCCAGUUGGACAUCAAUAAAGAAAAUUUAUUCAAGACAAUCAUCACCACCACCCCCACCACACAGACUACAAUGCUCUGGUAGCCAAGAGAGUUUUGCCGUGGAUCAUUACUGCGGCAGCGGAACCCUAAACAGUUUAUCACUUGGCGGACAAUGGCCAUCCACAAUAACAAAUUACGGGAUUGGAAUAGGUGGUGGUCCACCAAUGUGUCAUCAUGGUCAUGGCGGUCCGCCUGGUCUGCCGCCACCACAGCCAUCUACGUCCGGUGGUCACUUAGGGUCACAUAUUGGUAUUGGUGGUGCUGGUGUUGGUCCUAUGUCGUCGAUGCAGGCUCACUGUUCCGGUGUCAGUGUAGGUCUUACGAACAGUAUUGGCGGUAUGGGUGGUCCACCACCGCCUCCACCACCCUUGCCGCCGCCACCCUUGUGCAAUCCGUGUAGUAAUAGUUUUAAUACAGUGCCAAUACCAGGACCCUCGUCAUCGAGAUGGGGUCCACGUACAUCAUGCCCCGUUCAUAGCCCGUUUCGUGUUCGAGUGCCUAAUGGAUCGGUGUGUUCAGGACAUCAGGUACGUCCCUAG